AUGUCUGUUGUCACUCAGUCGAAUUCAGCCUUUCAGGCUCGUUCGUUGUUCCGGUCACUCCUCCGUCAAUCACGCCAUUUUGCUGCAUACAAUUUUCGGGAAUAUGCGCGGAGAAGAACGAUAGAUGCGUUUCGGGAACACCAACAUGUGACUGGGGAACGGGAAAUACAGGAAUUGAUGCAAAAAGGAUUGCAGGAUUUGCGCAUGAUGAAGGUUGGCUCCUCCGCCGCUGCACAUGCUGUUCUGGACUUUGCUGUUGCCCUCGAAAUUACAAGAAAGAAAUACAAAUUAGUUGUCGAGGGAGAAGCUACGGGCAAAGAAUCCGGGAAUGCGGGCAGCAUUGUGCGACAGAAAGAUACAGGUAACUCUCCAGUUGGGAUUGAGCGUCUGGUCGGGCUUCGGAUUCGAUGGGACUCCUCCACCUCAGGGCGAUUUUCGGCCUUUUGGCGGCUAUUCUCAGCUCUGAUAUUUGUGAUACCUGCAUUCCGAUCCUCUCGUCGGUCGCAAGCACUUGCGGAAACCGUCCCCAAUAGGACGAGAACGGGACAGGUCGAUCACGAUGUCUUCGAAGGCUUCCCCGUCCGGCGUUGGGUUCGGCAACCAGUCGUGAUUUACCAAACCCCGAAAACUGAACAACCAGAUACGAGAUUAGGAGGACCACAGGCGUUGCCCGAAUUACCGAUGCCCAGAGACAGUCACCUAUUAACACCAAUGAGUCGGGCAUUAUUACGCGCUGCCAGAGCCGGAUGCAAGUAUAUUCGACCAGCGCCUCCUGAGGUUGAGGGUGACGAAAAGGAGACCAAAGACUCCGAUGAGCCUACUGCGGCGCCUCCCUUUGAACGUACAUUUACUGCCGGAAAAUGGACAUUGGCACCGCGACAUAUGGAGCCACCUGAAGCAGAGUUUCUCGCGAAAAGGAGACCAGGAUUGUCAUCACUGUAUGGGUCAACUGCAUUAAAUGGUACGGCUGAAGUACAGCCAGAACCUAAGCCGCCAAUGAAGAAAACCAAGUUCAAGAAGAUUGAUCCUAUAACGGGAAAAACCUCGAUAUACGAAGCCUGGGUGCCUGAAGGUCAUAAAGUCGAAGGGGAAAUUAUAGAAAAUGCUGAUGUCGUCCCUGGAAAUAGCGAUGUGGCUGUUGUUGCAGCACUGCCUGUUCCAGGAACUGCUGCUGAAGGAAUUGGAGUGGGAGAUCCAAGGGGCCUUGUCGCAGAGCCAGAUUCUAGCAUGGUCGCGCCAAUGGAAAAGCAAGAUCCUCCAUCAAAAAGAAAGGCAUCUGGUAUUGAAAAAGGUAGCCGGAAGAAAGUGAUGUUUGCAUCUGGCGAGGGGGAAACUGCAGAUACUGCUCUCGGCGAUACUGACGCUUCUCAAGCCCCUGGGGAUGUGAUGAUGUCGGGUACAACACAGGAUGGCAGCUCGACUGCUUCACAAAUAUUACACGAAGAAGACGAGGAAGGGGAUGAGGAAACGGAGGACGAAGAGAGUGAUGAGGGACGAGAAUCUAGCCCAGAAUCGAAAUCCCCGGAAACUAUUAUUAAACUUGAACAAGAGGGCCAAGGUGAUGUCUCAACAGUUCCUGAGAAAGAAGAACCCAUACUGGAUAUGCGCGAUCACGCUUUAUCCCCAGAACAGGAACAACACAAGGAUACUUCAAUUCCAGCAAGAGAUAUGCCUAGUUCACCAGAUCUCCCACUUGCGACGGCUCCCUCCACAAGUCAUAUAUCAGAGCCGCCGCGAGAGGGGCUAUCUCCAAAACCCGAACAACAACCCCCACCACCCGUCCCCACUAAAAACCCUUCUCUAACCCCAGUCCCACCAUCUGCCGGAACCUCUUUGUCUGAUGCAAACAAGGACGCCUCCUUUAAUGACCAAGCGUCCAAACCAUCCGAACCCGCGGGUGAUGACGCAGAAUCACUAGCAAACAACCAAAACGGCGCUUCAAACCCCCAAGAAUAUCACUAUAUCCCCUCCAAUGGGGUUAAGCCCGAAAUCGCUCAACACUCUCCACCGCAAGAAAAUCCCCACCCGGCCUUAGCCUCAACGUCGACACGUCCUGAACCACACAGCGUGCCCAUCCUUUUCGAAGACGGUGAAAUUGAUCUGCUUAGCAGCCUAGAAGCCAGUUUAGACAACCCGGGCAAUGAUACUGCUGCGGAUGUUUCAAGGCCCGACGAUGCACGCGAAAACAAUGAGUUCGGAGAAUCCGCCGUUGAGAGGAAGGAUGUCGAAAUGGCUGGAUAA